UGAUUUGUGUUUGGCCAAAGCUGAUGUAUGUUGGAAAGCAGUUGAAUGGGAAAGAGAUCUAAGAGUCUGUACAAAACAUACACAGUACUGACUUGUGGACAGUACCCUGAUGUCUUGUUCAAAUGUAUGAUUCAGAAGACGAUCUUAAGGUGAACUUCUGAAGCAAAAUAAGGCGAGAACACAUUAGGAAUCUGUUCUGAAAAAGAAAAUCCCUGUGGUCAAGAUGGAUUUCCCUGGAAUGCCUGGAUAUCGCCCCCCUCACCCACAGGAUCCGCAGAACAUGCCGCCGCCCCCCCCUCCUAACUUUCAGCCUCAAGGGAUGCCAAGAGAGCAAGGUAUGGGUGGCGGUCAGAUGUUUCAAAAUGCCCAACAAAUGCCCCCUCGAAUGCCUCCGGGUUAUCCGCCGAUGACUGACCCACAUAUGCCGUCUGGCUUCCCAAUCAUGCCGGGUCAGGAGCAGGGAAUGCCCAUGGGCUACCAGUCUCCUGGACACAUGCAAAACCCAGGCAUGCCUCCUGGCUAUCAUGGUCACAUGGGGAACCCGAUGGCAUCGAGGCCUCCUCAGAAUAUGCAAAGAUUCCGCCAGGGGCCCGAGGCAGGGCCCAACAUGCCGCCACAGAGUUUCCACCCCCAGCAGCAGCCACCCCCGUCUCAGGGUCAAAAUCAUCAACCGCCACAGCAGCAUCAGCACCCCCCUCAGCACCGCGGGCCCUACCACCAGGGCCACUCCCAGCCGCACCUCGACUACCACCACCAGAUGCACCACCAGCACCAGCCUCAUCCGCGGGGAGGCCAGGCCCAGCAGCCCCACCCACACGGCCCCAUGCCCAAUGACUUCCACCAACCGGGGCCCCAAGGAGGCGGGCCCUCUGCUAUCCCGGAGUUCCACCCCCAGCAGCAGCCUGGAGUAGUGCCCCCUGAUUUCCACCACCCCAUGCAACAGAACUCGGUGGUCGCUGAGUACCACCCGGGCCAGCGGCAGAAUGCGGACUUUGUUCCACACGACCAGGGCCUGUCACACCACGACUUUCGCCACGGCAACCGAGAUCACCCGUCAAACAUGAUGGGUGGCUACAUGGAUCACAACAGCAUGGGCUUGCAGGGCAUGAUGAAUGAUCAUGGCUUGAUGGGCCAUCUGGACGGCCACAUGCUGGGAGGAGGGGAUGCCUACUCUCAACACCAGAUGAUGCAGAUGUUUGGGGACCCUACAAUGCCAGAAAUGAGGGACGGCGAGUUCAUCCCCAUGGGAUGCCAAGUUAUGGACAAGGUCAUGCACUCUAGCGUCACAUGUGUCAAUUUUGAUGGUCACCAAGAACUGGUCUGGACUGGAAAUCAACGGGGAUAUGUGGCUUCCUAUCACGGUACGGAGUUUCAAAAGUACUCUGCCUACAGAGUGAGUACAGAUGAGGAUGUGAGGAUGAAUCUGUCCUUCCCACAAGGUGUUCUCACCCUUACACCAAGUCUCCUCAGGGGCACCCUCCGCAGGGGUAUUCCAGUGUUUGCAUUCAAAGAUGCUCACCUGCAUGACAUGCAGUGUAUGAUGAUGCGGGGCAACGAGUCGGUGCUCAUCGGUGGUCAUCACAAGCAGGUGCUCGAAGUGGACAUCAUACGCAACUGCCUGAGCAAUGUUUACGAAGUGAAGGAUGCUGGUAUUGCCAUCUUCCGCCACACAGACAGAUUCAUUUGUGGAGGUGACAGCACAGGAAAGGUGACAGUGUAUGAUUCAAAGACGAUGCGACCCGAGCACACUUUGGAUGCUCACAGCAGCUGUUUGUCUGACUUUGAUAUCCAUGACAAUCUCCUCAUCACUUGUGGCUUCUCAAACAGGAUGAACGCCCUGACCCCAGACCGGCUGCUCCGAGUCUACGACAUGAGGGUGAUGAGAGCUAUGGCUCCCAUCCAAGUGAGCAUGGAUCCCACAUUCCUGCGAUUUGUGCCCAGCAUUCCUAACCACAUCGUCGUGGUGUCUCAGAUGGGCAGCUUUCAGCUUGUGGAGACAAUCAGCGGAGGUCCACCGAGCACUCAGUUGGCUUACCCUGUCAAUACACAAGGAGCAGCGAUUAUUGCAUUUGACAUUUCUUCUACAUACCAAGCAUUGUGUUUCGGUGAUAGCUCAGGAAAUGUUCACUUAUUUGCUGGCGGUCAAAGUGCAAUUUUCAAUCAGUUUUCCGUGCCAGUUGAGUUUGCUGAUCCUGUGGAUCAGCUUGAGCCCAUUGAUGUUAACGAUGAGCUGGCUGCUUACUCUGGCAUCCCGAUGCCUUACCCAGCUCAGGGCCCGCUGGUCUCAGACUUCCCAGAGGAAAUGAUGAACCAGGUUUACAGAAAACCAGUUCCGAUUGACCCCGAAAUUCUGCGCACAAUGAAAGUAUACCAGAACAUUGGAUAUGCACCGAAUACCACGAAGCAGAAAAGAAAUGUCAUUCCCUAUGAUCUUUCUGAAAAGGGCACCAAGGACCGAAAAUCCAGUGUUCCAGAAUCCCCAAGUGGAAGAGGAGAUGACCCAUUCAUGGGUGUGCCGAAACGAUAUCGACGAGUGGAAAUAAAAUACUCGAAACUGGGAGUGGAAGAUUUUGACUUCAGACAUUACAACAAGACUAAUUUGGCUGGUCUGGAGCCUCACAUACCAAAUGCCUAUUGCAACUCUAUGCUACAAGUCUUGUACUAUUUGGAACCUUUGCGCUGUGCACUCCUUGGCCAUGUCUGUGAGAGAGAGUUUUGCUUGUCCUGUGAGCUGGGAUUUUUGUUCCAUAUGUUGGAUUCUCAGAAAGGAAAUACUUGUCAGGCCACCAAUUUCUUGAGAGCCUUCAGAACAAUGCCCCAGGUGUCUGCCCUGGGUCUGGUGCUUCAUGACAUCGACGAGAACUGCGGCCGUGUUGACUUCCCUCGCCUCAUCCAGAGCUGGCAACGAUUUGUCCUGAUGCAGAUUCAUGAGGAAACGUGUGUACCUAUUGAAGUCGACUCCACUGAGGGAUCUCAGGCAGAGCAAAAAUCAAAAGGCCCAUCGAAAGAAGGAGAGGGCGAGGAGAAAAAGAAAGGAAAAAAGAAAAAGGCAGAUGAUGUCAAGACUGACUCAUCUGGACAGGAGGGAGAGGGAGGAGGAAAAAAUGCAGAAGGGAAAGAGAAUAAUUCUGAGGCUGGUGAAGAAAGCCAAGAGGAGCCCCAGGUGAGGCCCUUUAAAAACUUUCUCAGCACGAUGACUCGCUCCAUCAUCCGAGACUUGCUGGGAAUCAAGAUCAAGUCUUCUCUUCAGUGCAAGUGUGGUCUACAGAGUGAGCGUAUCAUUGAUGGCACUCACAUCAACCUCAUGUACCCUGACUACCGUCCAAUUGACGUUUCUUUUCCCUUAGGGCCGAACUCUCCACCACUGUUUGUGACCUUUGCCGAGGUGGUCCAGAACAGCAUGACUCCCACCACCAACAUCCAGGCCUGGUGCUCCGACUGCAACAGAUACCAGCAUCAUUGCCAACGUAAAUGCAUACAGAAUCUCCCUGAUGUCUUAGCUCUUAAUUGCCACACAGAGAAUGAAAAGAACCUGGACUUCUGGAAAGCGCAGUUUCAGAUUGUUCGUGAGAGAUUUUCUGAAAGUGAUAUUCCCACGACUGUGAUCCGGCCAGCAAACAGCCACGCCACCAAAAAGUGUCGUUUUGGCGUUGCCUGUCACAGGCCAGACUGCAUCUUUUUCCAUGACGGGCCAAGAGAGUGCGACUCGGAAGCAAAGAAGAAACCUGUUGAAGAUGAUGAGUUUGGACCCAGUUGGAUUCCUAUGGGGCUCAAGGUUAUUAGGAACCCCGAUGGCACUGUGGUUGUAUCUGAAAUUUCUGAUGAGGAACCUUUGCCGAGCGAAGAACAAGAGGACGUUCGUUACUACGAGCUGUACAGUGUUGUCAGCAACAUCCUGCACUCAUCAGGCAGUAAUCUGGUGUGUUGUCUGAAGGUCGGAGAACGCUACCAUCAGCGCAAGGAGCGUGUCACCUGCACACAGUGGUACCUCAUCAACGAUUUCUGCAUCACUCCGGUGGAGAAGGAUGAAGCUGUUGAUUUCAAGUUGGACUGGAAUGUUCCCUGCAUCAUUCACUAUACGCGCAGGAACUUUGUGUCUAAUCAUGAUGUGACAGUUAAAAGCUGGUCCAGCCCUGAUAUUUUGUUCAACGAUGCUGCCUUAUUGAAUCCUGAGCGCCGCAAGAUUACAUUCCCUCCCCUGCAGCCUGAGGAGUUGCCGAAACAAGGAGAUAUUGUGGCACUGGAUGCGGAGUUUGUCUCUCUCAAGGAGGAGGAAGCCGAACUGCGCAGUGAUGGCACUCGCUCCACGAUCAUCCCGUCUCAGAUGUCUGUUGCCAGGAUUACAUGCAUCAGAGGAAGUGGCCCAAAUCAGGGAGAGCCCUUCAUAGAUGACUACAUCAGCACCCAAGAGCAGGUGGUGGACUAUUUGACCCAGUACUCUGGCAUCAAGUCAGGCGACCUGGAUCCUGCCACCUCUACAAAACACCUGACCACUCUGAAGUCCACUUACCUGAAGCUACGCUACCUUGUAGACAACGGUGUCGUCUUCAUCGGCCACGGACUGAAGAAAGAUUUCAGGGUCAUCAAUCUCUUGGUUCCCAAAGCACAAGUGAUGGACACUGUUGAGUUGUAUCACCUCCCAAGGCAGCGGUAUAUCUCUCUCAAGUUUCUGGCAUGGUACUUCCUCAAGAUCAACAUUCAGUCCUACACCCAUGACUCUGCAGAGGACGCCCGUACUGCCCUUCAGCUUUGUCUUUUGUACAAAGAUCUGCAGAAAGAAGAUAAGGAGAAGGUGCUGUCAACGAUCAAGGAGAUGUAUGAGGCUGGGAGGAAGAUCAGCUGGAAGAUCCCUGACGUGGCUGGCGAGGAGAUCAGCGAAGCGGACUUCCUGUAGUCUCCUGACGGUGCUGCUUCAACACCCUCAGCGAUGGUGGCUGUGACGCCACCCGAUGAGUCUCUGUUGUACAAUGCAGCACCCGCCCUUUCAUUUUGAUUUUUUCUGCUUAAAAUUUUCAACGACAGUAAUAAUCUUGUUUAUCUUUUGCUACUCCUUGUUAUUUUUGUACAUUUUAUUUGAAAAGUAAAUCACAGAGUGUGGCCGCUGUUUAAAAUUAGAGAUAUUUUUAGAUAAAGAGAGCCUGUAGAUAUGCUGGCCAGUAUUUAUUGAAGAUAUCUACACACACACACACACACAGAAGAAUGAGAUAUGUGUGAUUAACAGGUGUAUAUGUGAAGUUUCAAUUUUUGUUACAAGAAAAGUAAUAUGUGGGUCAUAAGAACUUCAGACUUUUUGCUGUGCUACAAGUUGUACAUUCCCCAUGUUGCUUAUCAAGGUUGACUUUUUACUUUGGUUUCGCUCUUGCUACCUGGCUCAACAGAUUUUCCCCCCUUCUUUGCAGGGUAUGAUGAAGCAAGAGGUGGAAGGAUGUUUACUUUUCAAACUCAAAACAGGUCUAUGAAUGUAUUUUCUCUGCAUAAUAGAACUUUGUAGGGUUGAUAUCUUCAGGUCGUCCCCACCCCAUCAGCCUUUCCUUCACUGGAGAUACCAGAUUCAUUGAACUGAAGAUAGUCAUUUUUAGGGUGAAUUUUGCUUUGCGUUUCUGAAUUUCAUGGCACUAAAAUCUUGUUGCAACUGGUGUGAAAUAUAGUUGAGCUGUUAAACAAAAGGACUUUUUUCUCUCAGCUGUGAAUUGUUUAAGGAUAUGUUGCAGGAGUUUCUUAGGGGAACUUGAGGAAUACAACCUCACGAGGUGUCACUUGCUUGUUGUUUCUUUUAAAGUUUUUCAGUAUAUUACUUAGUUGUCUAUUCAUUGAUUUUGAUAUGUUUUUGUUGUUGGUAUUACUAUUUUAUUAUUAUUAUUAUUGCUACUUCGCUCUUACUAUUACUUUUUUUGUUCCCUACUACUGUGGUCUCUUGAGAAAUGUGAUUGAAGACUUUUUUUUUGGUUAUUAAUAUUGUUGCCCUUCUUUCUAAGCUGUGAAGUUUACAUGUUUAGUGGGAUGCUGUGGUUGAAGCAGUAAGUGUUAGCUUAUGUGAUUUGAUUCUGGGCUCGUGUCAGUUUAUACCAAUGGCAACAAGUACAAGCACACUUAUUAGGGCUAAGGUGGUCGAGUGUCUUUAUUAUUACACAUUGUGUGUGCCAUCUUUUCUGUGGGUUUUGUAGUGUAUGCAGUGUGGUUUUAGCUUUCUUAACACAUUGGACUCUUUGUUUUGUGAAUAAAGCUUUUGUGUAUUCAUGGCAUUCUUUUUUUUUGUGGUUUUUUUUUUUUCGCUAGACACUGUCAUAGCCAAGGGUAUACAGUAUUAACCAGUUUUCUAAUUUUAAAUCACUUUUUGUCUCAGUUACUCAGUCGAAGGGAAGUAUUUAUUUGAAUGUAUGGUUUCAGGUGUAUCAUUAGUUGUAUCUCUCAGAAAGGAGAACUUAAAAAAUUCAUCCUUGGUAAUCGUGGAGUCAGAAGAGUUUAGCAAAUUGGAUUCUUUGGGAGGGGGGGGGGGGGGGGGGGGGGGGGGGAAUGUUGGUAGGAAAGGUGAGGGUUGAAACUGCUGUAUUUGAAAUUUUACAGCAGUUUUAAAAAUUUUGUCUUUUUUUAGGUCACUCCUGUGUUUGUUAUAUUGCAUGAACCAUGUUUUUAGUAUAGUUUUAGGCAUAAGCGGCAAGGAAAGGGAAAGUAGGCGUUUGUCUAGAAAAACAAGGCGAUCGGAUUGAUUUUAGUGCCUUGAAAGCUUCAAAGAUAAGCUAGAUCUAGACCAUAGAUUUACUACAAGUUGCUAAGUUAAAUCGAGUGCCGAUGAGUCGCAGUCGGAAAAAGAAUAUGCUUUUUUCUCUGCUCUUCCUUCAUCCUUCUCUGUAAUAAUAUUAAAAGAACAUUUUUAGUAAAAUCUAAGCGAAAUUUAAUAUUGAUAGCUUAAGUAGUUUGGGCUAAUGCGUGUCUUAAGGUUAGUGUGUCGAGUUCAGGCCAAUUUUUAUCCCCCGGCUCACGGCAAGCCAGGUGAACACAAGCGCACUGCCCACGGCAACGCGGGGUGAGUUGGGUUAAAAAAGUUAAUUACCAGGUGAAAAACAUUUGAAAUGCUCAGUCGAUCGAGGGACACUGUUUUCUAGCAGAGCUUUCCCUGUCAAGGCGUUCAAUUCUUUGCUUGUUUAGUGUUUCUCUAUAUCAUUAUCAUCUUUGUCAGGAGCAUUUGGAGUUGAGGGCUGGGCCACUAAAAAUUUCCGGUAGCUUUCAAAGGGCCAGUUUGCAUGUUCUGAAUCUGGUACAUGGGAGGUUAAUGUUGAUUACUCUAAUUCCUGGUUUACACCUCUCAACAAAGGCUUCCUUCACUAAAUAACACAUCACAGGGUCUGACUUACUAUGAUUUCUGAAGGCAAAUCACAAAACGUUUGUGAUGUGGGUGGUCAAGUUACGACUUUGACAGCAUUGCUAUUUGGGGAAUAGUUUCCUGCAUCAUACUUCCCAGACUCAAAAUUAAAGCUGUUAUUUGUUUCUAGCUCAUAAGUUUAAAAUUUUCAGGUAACUGGUUUACUGAGGGGUUUUUUUUCUGUAGAUCUGCCAAUAUUUAUCCAGAGUCAAGGUCAGCUCUUUUCUGUUUGUGCUGACCGUUCAUAUGGGAUAUUUAUCUAGUGUUACAGUCUUUUGCUGUCUUCAGCGAAAAGUCUGACCCUCUGAUACAACAUUAAUUUCACCAAGCUUGGAAUAGCAAUUUCAGCUAAUGAGUUCUAUGCUUUAUGAACUUUCAGAAAAUGUCUUAAUUUGUUUUCAUCUCUCAAGUUUGUUUUCAAGUCAUUAUUUUAUGCUAAAGAGACCAAUGUAUUUUGUGGUUUUAACCAUUAGAAAGAAGGCAGACACAGAUGUGUUUACAGUGGGAUUAGUUGCUAGGUCUGUUACAAGAAGUUUGUGCUGUUUUUCUUCCAUAAAUGUGACAAGGUUGAGGGAAAAACUGAUCUCAUUUAUGAUUUUAUUAUCAAUUAUGCAUAUUGAUGUUUCCUUCCUUGGGAUACUGUUGUUGCUCUUUUCUUGUCUUCUAAAGCCUUAGGCCUUUGUAAUGCAUUGAUCAAGCUCACCCAGAUUCUACUUGUCUACUUAAUGAAAGAGGACUGAGAAGAAAAGGAAAAGUGUUCUCAUAAUAAUUCAAUUUGAAAAGAUUUGUAUGCUCUGGUGUUGGUUUCAGGUGGUGAAUUUGAGUUGCACUAAAGCUUCAAUGGUAAUCUGUAGAAAGUGCUAUGGUAGUCAGCUGUUGGAACAAUGCUCGCAGUUCUACGACUGGUGAUGUGGAAAAAAAAAGACUCUACUGCACUGGAGUGUAUGUUGAUUUUGAAUGCCAGAAGUGUCCUUUUGCUCUCUUUGAAGCUGCUGAUGUUGACUUUUAGUAUGUAGCAAAGAUUUCUAGUGGAUGCAAGGAAUUCAUUUUCCUUUUUUAAUGGUAGAAAGGCGACCAGUGAUUUUCUUUUUUUUCUCCAAAAAAUGAAGCAGACAAUUGAUUUGGAAUGUGUUUUUUUGGUUUCUAAAGGGUUUUUUUGUGUCAUGGUGAGCAGGUCUUUGUCUGCUUCUUAACUGAAACUCCUGAUUUUGUACUCUUUUCUUCAUUCUUCACAUCCCAGAUUGGGGAAAGUCCUCAUCUAAUCAAAAAUGUAAUUGAAAUCUUUUUGUAUUGUGUAUUGACUGUACUCAAGCUAAUUUUAUGGGCCACACAAACUUUUUCAAACCUGACUAGGCACAGGCGUCUUGUACCAGAGCACUGUGGUGAACUGAAUUGUACAUUUGCAUGUUUCCAUCUGCUUUUCUUGUCAGCUUAACCAGUGUUGCAGAGUAUGUCACAAGUGUUGGCUCCUUCCAUUAUGUAUGAGAUCAAACUCUUACCGAUGCAGUAAAGUAAGCGUCUUGUUGGUGUAUGUGUAAGGCUAUAUUAUAUCUGCAGUCUGUUUGCAAAUGGAGUUCCAAUGUUUACAACUGAAUUAAGUGUCAAAAUAGAAAAGUCCUGAUGGUUGAGGGUCUAUUCCCGUUGCCGUUUAAACGUAACCUGGCGCCCUGCUAGUGAAGUUUUCAUUAAUGAAUUUCAAAAUCUUUUAUUUCCUUGUCUUCUGAUUUAUGCUUUGUUAUUUUUUUUCUUAGUACAAGAGGCAUGUGAACAUUGCUCUCUUGAAGUAACUCUCUGUAAGUGAUGUUUUUGACUGAGUAUUUGAAUGAAGACUAGCUAAGGAAUGUGGAACUGAACAAAAUCGGUUUUAUUUUUGGGUCAAGUUUGCUUUGAAUCAAUUGUAUUGCUGAAAUCAAAAUUUGUCUUGACAGUUACAAACUCCAGUGGGAACUAUUUUUACUUCAAAGAACUGAGUAAUGGUGAAUUUGCUUACAAGCUAUUUUUACCACAUACAUUGUACUUCAUGGGAUUACUGUACUUCUUUAAAAUUGUCACAUUACCAGAAAAAAUGUAGAUCUGUAUCAAAGCUUUUAAAAGGAAUUGGUCAAGUUUUCUUCUUAACUUUUUAUUUCCUGAAAUAUUGUGGUGCAACUUGAUUGUCGGUUUGGGAAAGAGCAUCUUUGUUUAUAGCAUUUCUGCUUGAGAAGUGAACAUCUCUCAAUGAGAAUGCGAAGUGUUUCUGAUUAUUUCUUUGCCAGGGCCAGUGAUUCAGUGGAUGUGACUUGAGCUGAGAGAACAAACCAGAUCAUAGAUCACACAGUUUGUGCCCUCACUCUAUGACUUCCUCGUUAUCACUCCCUCUGUGAUUUGCUUUCAACAUUCGUUGCCCUGAGAGAGAACAAAUGAUUCCCCCUAUCCCCCCUUUUUCCCUCUAUUUAGCCUUUUUUCCGGAAUAAUUUUGUAGUUGUGUGGAUAUAAUACUUGUGUGUUGAUAGUGGUAUUGUUGAAUUUCAUAUUGUACAUAUCUUGUCCAUGCAUUGUAACCACAAAGUGCGCACAUUAGAGAGUGUGUGUGUAUGGAUGUGUGUUUGACGGCUGAGGACUUGGGACUUGAAAGGAAUGCCAGUUUGUGCAGAUCUGUAUGCAGUGUACAAAGACUUGGCGCUGGUUCCCCAGUGAAUGGCUGCACAUGUGCGGGUAGUUAACUGGAAAGAUGACAUGUGCUUAGUCUGCUGAUCUGAUGAUUGACUGGGGUUUAUCUUCUGUGAGCUGACAAUGGUUGGUGGAAGAGGGAGAAGAAGCUUGAGUAGAGUACUGUGUGCCUAUGCACAAUAAUGUUUUGUUUGUAGGCCCAGAUUUACAUUGUUCCAAAUGCAGUACAUUUUUGUUUCAGAUUGCAGUUGGGGGGGGGGGGUAGGAUAUAUGUUAAGAACAGAGAUGUGAUUUCUUCUUGUCAGAGUGGAGGGAAGUUUAGGGGAAGUAAGACCACGUAUGAGUCUCUGAUUUAUGGUUAUCAUGGAGCUGGGUACUUACUGGCAGUUGGGAGUGGGAUUGAUGCUGGGUCCUAGUGUUUAUGAGAGUUAGUAGAUGAAACAGUUGAGUACUGUACAGGGAUUACCAUGAAAUGAGUUGCUGGAGAUCAAGCAGUUGGGGUCCAGUACUGUAUUUCUCCUUCUCUCUCUGUGGUAGAAAUAGGUUUGUGGAUGUGCUUAGAAAACAAAUAGGACAGAGUGAUUUGUCUAUGCAGAACCGACCGGUUUGUAUUUAAAUUUCUCUCCCGAAUGUGUGAUUGAAGGCAAAUAAUGGCUUGUUUCUUUUCCCUAUACUUAGCAGUGACUUGAUGGAUGGCCUUUCAGAGGUACCAUGAUUUAUGUAUUACAGCAUUGGCACGUCUUGUACAACCGUUUGACCUUAGGAGGCUCAGGAGCAUAAAGCACAGUGUCUAUAAACACAUGUUUAGUCACUGUCAGUGGGGAGCUUAUGGUAGAUUAUUAUCAGGUGGAAAGGGUUAUUGUAGGGUAUUGUCUACCGAGAGGUGCUGCAAGUUUUGAUAUGGAGAGAAGUGUACUGCCAGUAGAUGAUGAAUUCUCUCUCAGUGUUUUGAGGAAGUUGUUAAUGGUCACAAGUUGUUUGCAAUGCACAGAAAUGGUUAUCUCAGGGCAUUAGAAUGAGUGGAGGAAAACUAGUGAUGAAGAAUGGGCUGCUUGUAGAAUUGUGGUGUCCUGUUCGUGGGUUGAGAGGCAUGAUAGUGUGAAUACGUUCGUUGUCCAAACUUAAGUACUUGUAUUUUUUCUUUACUUAAUGCAAGUAAGUCUUACUUGGUUCCUUCUUGCAAAUAAUUGUGGAUGCAAAUUGGGUAAUUUUUAUGAUGAUUUGGCUGGGAUUGAAGUAAUGUGUGGGUGUGGUGGUUGGUUUGAUCAUGGUAUAGGAGUGACUGUUGUUCUGUUUGUGGAAGCGAGCAACCAGUAUGUACAAGAUUGUGUCUCUCAGCCAGCGAAAAGAUGAUAUAGUCAUGUGCUUUUUGAGUCUUGUAAGCCUAGUCUCUUGUUCAUCCCCCCCCCCUCCCCACAACAGCAGCAGUAUUGAUUUCGAUGUAGAACUUCCAUCAUCUCGUGUUCUCCCCAGCGAGGACUUUCUUGAGCAUUGGGCAUGCAAUGUGUGUGAUGACCAUAAUGUGGAAGCUUUGACUGCAUCAGUUGACUGAAGCUCAAAAUUGUUUAAGUUGACAGGAUGAAUCAUUGCCAGCGCAUUGAUAUUGGGGAAGUUAAGCUUUCUGUAUUGAUGAGACACUGCCAUUUUGUACAGAGAGACAUGUGGUUUUAACUUGUUGUCGUAUUGUUGACUGUUGUCAGAUGUAAUUAAAAGAAAGUACAUGGGCAUAACUUUGAAA